AUGUCCAACACACAGCGUGUCGUCAUUAUCGGCGCUGGCAUCGUCGGUACCAACCUCGCAGAUGAGCUGGUCUCGCGAGGAUGGAAGAACAUCACCGUCGUUGAGCAAGGCCCACUAUACAUGCCUGGAGGCUCAACGUCCCAUGCCCCGGGCCUGGUGUUCCAGACCACUCCCUCGAAGACGAUGACAAAUUUGGCACGAUACACGGUUGAGAAGCUUGAAUCUCUCGAGAAGGACGGCCAGAAUUGCUUCAAUCAAGUUGGUGGGCUCGAAGUUGCCACGACCCCCGAGCGUCUCCAGGAUAUCAAGCGGAGGCACGGUUAUGCUUCCUCGUGGGGUAUUGAAUCCCAUCUCGUGAGUGCAGAGCAAUGUUUGAAAUUGUAUCCGCAUCUCAACAAAGAUGUCGUGCUAGGAGGUCUACACAUCCCCAGCGACGGCCUAGCACUUGCAGCCCGCGCGACUCAGCUCCUAAUCGAACGAACUCGCGCUGCCGGGGUCAAUUACCUCGAAUUGACCCCAGUGACGGGAAUCGAGAGGGGUUAUGGGAAAGUGACCGGAGUGGAAACUCCAAAGGGCAUUAUUCCCGCCGAUAUCGUUGUCUCCUGCGCCGGCUUCUGGGGCGUGGAACUCGGUGCCAUGGUCGGCUUGUCCAUCCCUCUUUUGCCGCUUGCCCACCAAUAUGCCAAAACAACGGCUGUGCCGGGUCUGGUCGGUCGAGAAUUGAACAAGCAAAUAAAUGGAAAGAACGCCGAAUUACCAAUCCUACGACACCAGGAUCAUGAUUUGUACUACCGGGAGCAUGGUGACCAAUUUGGGAUCGGAUACUAUGGUCAUCGCCCUAUGCCAGUCAAGGCGUCGUCUCUGGGUCUGACCCCCAAGAAUGUGGAUGAGCAGAAUAUGCCAUCUCGUCUGGAAUUUACCGAGGAGGACUUUGCCCCUGCUUGGAAGGAGACACAGCGACUGCUGCCCAUGUUACAAGAAACGCAAAUCGCGGAUGGGCUCAAUGGAGUAUUUUCCUUCACGCCGGAUGGAGGGCCCAUCUUUGGACAAGCUCCCAACCUGGACGGCUUCUGGGUCGCCGAGGCUGUUUGGGUGACACACUCUGCGGGCGUUGCUCGCGCUGUUGCCGAGACCCUCACGACUGGUCACUCAGCGAUCGACAUGUCCGAAUGCGAAUUGUCUCGAUUUGAAGAGGUUCAGUUGAGUCCAGAGUACAUCGAGGAGACAUCCUCUCAGAACUUUGUCGAGAUUUACGAUAUUUUGCAUCCCGCUCAACCCAGACUAUCCCCACGCCAGCUGCGGACGAGUCCCUUCUAUGCGCGAGAGAAAGAGUUGGGCGCCUACUUCCUGGAGCUAGGAGGUUGGGAGCGUCCCUUCUGGUACGAGUCAAACCGGGAAUUGCUCAAUUACCUGCCGCCUCAAUGGAGACCCGUGGCGCGUGAUUCGUGGUCCAGCAAAUUCUAUUCCCCCAUCGCAGCGGCCGAGGCAUGGAAAACGCGCAACGCCGUAGCCAUGUUCGACAUGACCUCCUUCCAUCGAUUUGAAGUAGCUGGACCGGGCGCUUUGGACCUGCUCCAGCGCCUCAGCACGGCGGACAUCAACACCAAACCCGGUACUAUCACCUAUGCUCUUUUCCUAAAUGACCACGGUGGCAUUCGCGGAGACGUUUUCAUCUCCCGACUCGAAGAGAAUCUCUUCCAGAUUGGCGCCAAUUCCGCCACCGAUCUGGCCUAUCUAUGCCGCGAGGCCCGGCACCACAGUGCAACAGGCAAGCUUGCCCAGGUCCGCGAUAUUACCGGCAGUACCUGCUGCAUUGGGCUAUGGGGACCUCGCGCCCGCGAUGUACUCUACGAGACCACAACGGAGGACUUUUCGAACAAAGCUCUGCCCUACUUCGGCGUCAAGCGAUGCAUUAUCAAAGGCAUCCCUAUUACCGCAUUCCGCAAGUCCUACGUCGGUGAACUCGGCUGGGAACUCCAGACAAGUGCCGAAUACGGCCAACGAUUAUGGGACAUCAUCUACCAAGCCGGGAAGAUCCACGGCCUUAUUGCCGCAGGCCGAGCCGCCUUUAACGCUCUUCGCCUGGAGAAAGGGUAUCGCAUCUAUGGCGCGGACAUGACCACCGAACAUACUCCCUUCGAAGCCGGUGUGGCGGGUGCCGUCCGCGCAAGUAAAUGGGAAGACUACGUCGGCAAGACCGCACUUGACCGCAUCUCGCCGUCUGCCAAGCAGAGGCCCCCUCGCCGAUUGUGUUGUCUCGCCGUAGAUGAUGGUCAAUCCAUGAUCAUGGGCAAAGAGCCUGUGUUCUACAACAACAAGGCCAUUGGCUACGUGACGAGUGCAGCGUUUGGUUUCACUGUUCGCAAGCCCGUGGCAUAUGCCUGGCUUGGGGGCACAAUGAGCCAAGGCACCAAGGUCGAGAUUGAGUAUUUCGGGAAACGUAUCCGGGCCACUGUCGCUGCGGAUCCGUUGUACGACCCGGACAGUAAACGCAUGCUGGCUGAUGGAUUGUCGACAGAUGCAGAGGUCAAGAAAUGUAUCAAUGCUCGUCUGUAA